AUGACUUCGGGACUUCCAUCUGCUCCUCUCUUCCAACCUAGCGACUUCGCGGUUUCAGGCGGAGCCAAAAGACCCAGGGCAAGUUCAGCGGAUCGCGCAGCGGCACUCUCGUCAAUACAGGCCCCACCCGGCCUUGACAUGAAUCCAGUACUACAACAACUCAUGGAGAGACAGACCUUGCUCAUGGAACAGAUGGCUCAACAACAACAGAAACACACUGAGGAACUAUCUAUGUUGCAGUCCAGGAGCUCAGACGACGGAACAAAGACGGACCUGACGUACCAUGCACCAGAUUCUCUUCUGGUGUCAGUGGACCCAGAAGUACGGAAAAUUUUUCGCUCUUGGUACAAGGAGGCAAAGUCUAUCCUCGCAGCUUGGGUUACUCAACAACAAUUGAUGGAAAAGUACAAACUCAUCGAGGAGAAGAAGUCAUGGCACAAGCAGUUCGAAAAUGAAGUUAAACACACGUGGCAAUGGCCUCAGCGGUAUCUAGCUGCAGCAGUGCCAUUUCGAGGUGAAGCUUUUGAUCACGACACUGUGCAAGUAGAGGGAUAUGAUCUACAAGCAGCUUGGCAUGCCAUGCGGGAAAGACAUGCCAAGGAGGCUCAGACAUUCAUUUUCCAACAUCAAGCUUUAUGCGCGCAGUAUUUCGAAAAGCUCGUCACCAAAGAAGCCUUGAUUGAGUCCUUGGAUGCGAAGUUGGACGGAUUCUUCAUGUCUGCCACUUGCGUCUUGUCACAAGCCAUCAAAUCAGCAAUCAAAGCUAUAGUUCCCCAAUACGUUUCAUGCUUUAUUCGCACAGAGGAUCCAGCAGCCAAAGGCAGACUCCGAGCUACCGCCGAAAAGAACCAGCGAAAACAACAGGAGGAAUUGAAAGCAGAGGAGGAAUUCCAGGAUGCGGACAUUCGUCACAUCAUAGGCAUGGCAGCCAUGGAAGCAGCACAUAUGCCAUCAGGAAAGAAAGGUCCGCGUCUGGUCAGCCACAAAGAUACGCUCGGGCGCCUUCUCAAAGACAACCCAUCUCUUGCCAAGGACAUGAACAUCAAGAUCGUGCAAGACAAGAAGACCAUUUUCGAGACCUUGGCUACCAGAGGGCGUUCACCCAGUCACCGCCGUACACCAUCGCAGUCACCACGCUCCCUGAAGACGAGUCGUUCACCCAAACAUUCGAAGACGCGUCGUACACCGACUCCUUUCCUAAGAUCAGCACUCCGCGCAUCGUCUACCAGGACCGCUCGAUCUACAUCGACAGGCGGACGAGCUUCGUCAACCAACUCUUCGAGGAAGGUCAGGUUUACAGAUGCUUCCCCCAGAUCGGCAUGGAGAUCACAAAAAGGAAAAGGGAAAGGCAAACAGAAAGGCAAAGCUAAGGCACAGGGAAGGGGGGCUCAGAACUUCGGCGGUAAAUCCAGUCACCAGCAGCCACAGUCACGUAAGUAUUGA